CACUUUACUUUCUCUUCAGUUCAACUUCCGACUUUCCGAGUCGUCACCUCACCUACCGGCUACCGAGGAAGCAGAAGCGCACGAGCGAGACGCAGCCACCGCCCGGGAGGAGGAGGAAGCCAAGAGCAAUCGGACUUUGAAUGGCUCGCGACGGCGGCAGCAGAGGGUCACCGGGGGCGGAGCGGCGGCGGGUGGCGCUGCGUGCCCUCCUCGCGUCGGGUGGCGCGGAGGCGGAGGCCGCGAGGACGUCGAGCAAGGGCCUGCUACGCGGCCUUCGGUGCACGUCCGCGGCCGCAUCGCAGGCUAUCGCGCCGGAGAUCCCGCGGCCUCCGGCGGACUGGCGCGGACUCGGUUGCGCCGCGGCGGCCCAGGCGCACGCGCCGGCUGCCGCGGUGGAAGCGGCCCGGCCCACGGCGGACUGGCGCAGGCUUGGGUGCGCGGCUGGAGCGGCACCGGCGGUCCAGGCUCAAGCGCCCCGGCGUUCCGAGGAGUGGCGCGUGAGGCGGCGGAGGAACGAGAGGGAGAGGCGGAAGGCGAGGGCUGGCGGCGUCAGUGGUGGUGGUGGGGCCAGUGCCGGGAUGGGCGUCGGCGGGGACGUCUGGUGCACGCCGGGCAUACCGUUCGCCGCCGAGGCCUCUUCGGUGGACUGCGUGGUGGCGCCGCACCAUACGGUGGCCGCGCGCCGCCGCGCCGAGGCCGACAGGCCGCGGAGAGAGAGGCCUGGCGCACCUCCGGCCAGGAGGGUCACCAUGCGGGAGCACAUGUCCUCGUCCCCUCUGAGUUCACCGCCGCACCAUGUCAUGCCGUUCGUUGAUGUCGACCGUGCACCUUCCGGACGCAUCCGACAUGUGAGUGGCCGCCGGCACUCCCACGCACGGGUUGAGGAAGAGAUGAUGUUCCAGACAAGGAUGUUAUUGGGAAGAAUGGGUAUUUAUGAUCAGUAUCAGGAUUGGCGCCUCGAUGUCGACAACAUGACAUAUGAGGAGUUGCUCGAUCUUGAGGACCGGAUUGGAUAUGUAAGUACAGGGCUUCGUGAGGACGAGAUCAUUCAAAGCCUUAGGAUGGUAAAGUACUCCGCGUUCAACCCCAGACAUUUUUCUACGGAAAUGGACAGGAGAUGUAGCAUCUGUCAAGAAGAGUUCGAAGUACACGAGGAAACUGGGAAGCUGAGCUGUGGCCACAGCUAUCACGUGCACUGCAUAAAGCAGUGGCUUUCUCGGAAGAACGCUUGUCCGGUUUGCAAGACCACUGUCUCGAAGACCUGAAGUCCCUAUUCUUUCUAGUGUCUGAACCACACUUUCAUUAAGUAUAAUCCAAUUGAAAUGCAAAAGAUUAGUUCUAUUGUUGCUGUACAGUCCAGCAGCCGUCUGCACGCACGCUUGUUGAGUACAGUAUCUAGUACACGCACGCUUGCUGUACACACAUGAUCCUAGUAUUUAUUUGCAUAUGGAACUUACAAUUUUUUUCACCA